UUUCUCAUGAUAACCUUCACUCAGCACAAGUUCUAGGUACAUAACUGACCAAAGACAUCGGCAAGUUACAACUACUACAGCCAAAUGCGUCCCAAACUUCAAGGACCAUGAAUCCCAAAGCAUUCAACGCAGUCCUAAAAGAUACGAUCACUCUGGAUGACCGUGUCUGGGACUUCCAACUUCCAAACCUCCCAUCUCACUCCGUCCUCGACAAGAACAACCUCGUCAAGACAAUCGUCUUCACCACCAAUGCCGACAAAAGAAGGCAGGAGAUCCGCCUCCGCUUGGAGCCUCUGGGCACGAACCGCGCAGUAACGGGCGAACCUCCUAGCCGGUUCCUCGUCGUCUCCGCCCUCGAAUUCCGUCCGCUCCAUGUUCCCGCCUCAGUACGCGGAGGCGGAGCGACAUCGUCUGGCAAGGAAGUCAAGGGUACCCACCCGGCCACGGCGAGAGAAUGCACCGAAUACCUCAUUCGUCUCCUCCGUGCCGGCGUUCGCGUGCAGGGGACUCAUUACAACUUCUAUGGUCACAGCAACAGCCAGCUCAAGUCUCGGACGUGCUUCCUCUUCGCCGCCUCCCGGGACGAGAUUGCCGCCAAGGUCGCCGCCCUGGGUGACUUUACCGGUAUGAAGACCGCGGCGAAGAUGGCAAAGCGGAUCGGUUUGCUCUUUUCCUCUUCUCGUACCGUGUUGACUAUAGAUCCGGCCCGUUACUUGGCGAGGAGAACCCGCGUUGUCUUCAGAAACACUCGCUACACGCCGUCGGUCUUCCAAAUUCGAUAUAGGGGGUAUAAGGGGGUUGUGACUGUGGACCCGAGAAUGAAGCCCCCCGGUCCAGUGCUUAGGCUUCGCAAGUCGAUGAAGAAGUUCAGCGGCGGCAACGACUAUUCCUUUGCUGUUGUCGAGCAUUCCAAACCCUUCGUCUUCGGCUAUCUCAACGACGAAGUUGUCAUCCUGCUGCAAUUCCUUGGAAUAGAACAGUCCGUCUUCCUUCGCAAGCAGCAAGAGCACUUUGAAUUCCUUUCUGCCGCUCAGGUCGACCCAAGAUCUGCUUUUCGCUUCCUGUCUUACCUCAACAGGCCUGACCUAGCCGAGAAAGUGCUCAUGACCUCACUUGAAGAUGUUCGCCCGGUCUGGUCCCACAGUCUCGGCUGUUAUUCGGCGUAUGCGACGCCUGGGAUGUCCUGAAAGAAGGCGAGUGUGCCGUGAAGGUCACUAGAGACGGGGACGGACAGCCGUAUGCUCUGAGUGGCAUGGAAAUUCUGGUGACGAGGAAUCCCUGUUUGCACCCGGGCGACUUGCAAAAGUUCAAGGUUGUCCAGCGGGAUGAACUUUCCCACCUUGUGGAUUGUAUCGUCUUUUCCACCCGCGGGAAGAGACCUGCUGCGGACUUGAUGUCCGGUGGGGAUCUGGACGGAGACACCUUCUUUGUAUGCUGGGACACGGACUUGAUCCCGCGAACCAUCUCUCAACCAGCCGAGUACCCUGGAGGCCGAGAACCGCUAAAUUUCAAACCCAUCACAGAUGAUGAUAGGCUUGUGUACUUUGCCAAACAUACCAACGCUUCUCUCGGACGGGUGAAGAGCCUCUAUCUUGACUGGGCAAGG